CAUGGGCUUGGUCUUCACCACAAUGAGGAGUCUGAGUAACGAUUCCGAGUAUGACUACUACGGUCCCGAUCAUGAGUACACCACCGACGAGCUCCACGGCAAAGAACAGACGUACGACUCAAAGACUAUCGCUCGGAUUCUCACCGUUUUCAUCUACACCAUCACUUGCCUCCUGGGCUUGGUGGGCAACGGACUGGUCAUCGGAAUCAUUGCGUUCAAGAUGAAGAAGUCGAUCAACGCGCUCUGGUUCCUCAACCUGGCGGUGGCUGACUUCUUGUUCAAUGUCUUCCUGCCGCUGACAAUCAGCUACACGGCCUUGGGCUACAACUGGGUGUUCGGGAGAGGCAUGUGCAAAGUCAACUCCUUCCUUCUCAUUCUCAACAUGUACACCAGCGUAUUCUCGUUGGCUACCAUCAGCGUUGACCGCUGCAUCUCGGUCAUUUUCCCGGUCUGGUCCCAAAACCACCGAAAUCCUAAAAUUGCGUACUUACUGUGUCCUCUUAUCUGGAUCCUUGGCACCUUAAUGAGUUCCCCCUCCCUCGUUUUCCGGGACACUGAAACGGUUCGCUACACGGGCAACAUCAUUUGUUUCAACAAUUACUAUUUGCCCAGUUCUCCAAAUGAUCACCAGCUACAUGACAUGAGACAUAUAACGGUAAACGUCACGAGAUUCCUGGCUGGGUUCAUCAUGCCCAUGACUAUUAUCACAGUUUGCUACAUGAUCAUCAUUUUCCGGCUAAGAAGGAAUCGCCUCGCCAAGUCCAAAAGACCUUUAAGAAUAAUUGUCGCUAUUAUAAUGACCUUCUUCCUAUGCUGGUGUCCCUAUCAUGUCUUCAACCUGCUGGAAACUCAACACCGCUCUGUCUUUGGCCCUGUAUUAGAGAUUGGGUUGCCAAUUGUGACCUCAAUUGCAGUUGCUAACAGCUGCAUGAACCCCAUUCUUUACGUCUUCAUGGGCCAAGAUUUCAAAAAGUUCAAGAUGACCUUCCUGUCCCGAAUGGUAAAUGCACUGAGCGAGGACACCGUUCAUUCGUCUCUCCACCGCAAGAGCCUCACGAAAGCCUCUUCAAUGACAGAAAAGGAAACUAUUUUACUUUGAGGUCUGCACAGAUCUCUUUAAACUAACAUAUGUUGAUCUGCCGUAAUCUUUUGCUCUACUCAUGGGGACAAAGAAAAGACUGAGUUGGGAUUUAUGAUUGUUUCUAACCAGAGACACCUUGGAUGUAUUGUUCUGUGAUCUGCCAAUGUUGCCAGAAGUGAAAUGGAUUUGUAUUAACCAAACCCAGAUAUCUGUGAUCCGUUAUGACCAUGAGAGGCAUCAUGUAGACCUGGUCAUUAUUAUGUAUCAUACCUAUUGCACUUUCUAGUUUCUCUCAAGCUUUGUCAAAGCUAUAUGUGUGAUAAGCACUUGUUCAUAUCCUCCUAGCAAUCCUGAAGGCUGAGCAGGGAUUUGAAGCUAACCUCUGUGCUAAAACACAUUCGGCCUCAACAGAGGCAUGUCUAGGAAAAAUGUAGCCUGGUGCAAAAUCUGAGUUUUCCACACAAACACACCCACACCCCAGCUCCCAGUAAUUUUUUUUAAAAUGGUGAAUAAAUCAUGCCUCAAGAAUUCACUGUUUCACAUAACCUGUCGGGCAACUUUCGUACUCUUCUUAUUAUCUUUUCUAGGAGAUUUCAUAGCCCAUUAAUAAAUCUUUUUCCCAAAA